AGGGUCUUCCAGUGUCGAACGCACUGAAUUCUUCGGAUAGCUACGUGUGCUCACCUGAUUCAGUUGGUCCACGCGUUGAGACAAAUGACGUGCUCUACCUCUUAACACAACGCCUACGUCGCAUUAAGCUGUGCAUAAGAAACCGCGAGAGGGAACUAGAGAAUUCUUGGGGUCGCAAACUGUGUCAAGCUGAGAAGCGUUCUGAUCCUCAGCUACGUGAAUUGUUAGACGAGAUCGGGGAAGUACGUUCAAGUAUACAGCAAGCGAAGCUGUCGCCAUCCAAACAACUUAGCCUCAAAGAAUACAGUCGUCCCCAAUCGGUUCAGGCUGAUUACGGACGUCAGAGCUCAGGUAAUUUCCCGAGCAACGGAACCGCGGACUAUAUGAGCAGAUCACUUUUACCUGGGUCCGACCUGUCUUCGUCCGUGUUAUUCGCCUCCCCUGUGCACCGUCGUAGCCUGGAUCAACUAGCACCACUAUCAACUCAGGGAGCAGAAACCGGAGGUGCAUUUGAUCAACCUAAAGCUCACUUUGUUCCCGAGUCCCACUGGUCCCUGGAACACAACGCCAUGCUUGUUAACCACACUUGCGGCCCAUCUCCUUCAAACGCACACCUGACGAAGCCUGAGCAUGGGAUAUGUGGAUCGGAAGCAUCCCUAAGCGAAACGUAUGCGGUGCUUGUCCAUCGACUCGCCGAAAAACGCUGCUCGGCCAAUCGUCCCGAGGCUUUACACUUGAUGACUCCGAAACAGAUUGAGGCAGAAAAACUGGCGAUUCAGAAAGCGCUCUUAUACUUUGAAAGUUUGCACGGUCGUCCCAAAACCCGACAAGAACGUUUGGUGAUGCGUCCUCUGUACGAUCGGUACCGAGCGGUAAAGAGAUUGCUUGCCGCCUCUCGAUCUGCUGUCGAUGAUACACAAGCAGACGGAUCUCGUGGCUCUGCUUUCGUCGCAGUUGUUGAUGGUCCUCUGACUCCACCAGAUGGAGAACCAUCACCUAGGUGUUCGAAUCUUCACUCUAAUGGCAUUAUGUCUCAAUCGGGAUUUAAUGGUCUUUCGGCGGAACAAGACUUCACGUGUGAGGUUCGUCAUGGUGGCCUUCGCAGCAGUUCUGACUGCGCCUGUCGUGAGGUAUCGACCCCAAACACUGCACUUCGUCGCGUCAGCCUUAUCGCUUCGAGAGAUGCCACUGACCUACAAUCUCGUGCACCAGCCUCUCUUGAACUCCAGCCGGUUACUCAGACGGACGUGAUUCGAGUUGCAAACAAUAGUGCUGACCACUCCAUCGCUGCCCCGUCAGGCACCUUUAUCGGAUCAAAUCGUUGGUCCUCCCUUCCCAGGGACUCUGGUUCGUCUGGUGCCCUGACGGACCUAGGCGCAGGUGAAUGGUUCGGCUCUUUUCGGCCAGUAACAAAGCACGGUAUCCCAAAAGCAGAUCGCCGAAUUGAUCGACCAGAUAAACCACCGUGUCCCAAUCCCCGAAUUUUCCCGGAAGCCCCAAAAGAGCUAGGCAACGGAUCACCCCACAAACAACCUCGGUCCCCAAAACUCGCAUGGCAUACGGAUGUUGAUUCUUCUGCAUACUUUCAUGCGAAGUAUGACGUCGCUAACGUGGAUGCAGAUAACGCCCAGGUUGGGCCAACGAACGAGCACAAAUCGAACCAUCAGCGGCUAGUUCAAAAUCGUCGGACCAUCUCAUCACCAUCUGAGCAAAUUUCAGCGCAUACUCUUUCAAACAGAGAUGCCAAUUUGAGUGACUGGAGCGUGACCACUUUGGAAUCCGAACUGCAAACGGUACGCGAAAACAAACGAAUGCUUCAGAAAACGCUGAAAGAUUUUGAACACCAAUUUGAACGUGCGACUGGUCAGUCUUUUUUCAUUUCAAUGGAUCCAUCCGUUCAUUUUCGUCUCUUCCGUUUCUCAUCCACAGGGUGA